AUGGGAGUUUUCUGGACCGGCCUAAAGUACGUCUUCACGGACUUCUCGUGCUGGACGUCCACUCAUGGAGUUCCUCACAUCGGAAUGGCAAAUGCCCGCUGGCUGAGGUGAGUGGAUGGGAUAACAAGAUGGAUUCAGGAGGCUGGCACGCGAUCCUUCUGAUUAAUGCGCUUCAGAGCCUUCUGGAUCCUGGUGGUGCUCGUUUCGAUUGCAGCCUUCAUCUGGCAGUUCGUCACCUUGCUCACCAAUUACCUCUCAUUCAGUGUGAAUACGGAAACAACGGUCAGUUUGAUUGAACGCGAAUAGAGCAAAGGCAUCUAACGAGGUGUAUCUCUCCCACGCGAGUGUCUGAUUGCAGUUGCAAUUCGCCGAACGCACGUUUCCCACGGUCACUAUAUGCCAUCUGAAUCCGUGGAAGCUCACCGAAACGAAGGCCGCCGACAGUGAUAUGAGCAGUCUGGUGGGUCUCUUUUGGACGCGUCUCAAUUGGAAGUCCUUUGUCAGAUAGACGACUACAACUCGGAAUCGACGUCCGUCCAGUUUGGACUGCCCGCUUCUUUGACUGCCGCCCGACAGCAACAGGCCAACAUGUGGACUCUCAUGUACUCGGAGCGGCUCAAGAACAAACAGUACGAUGUACGCAUUCGGGAAAAUUUAUGAGAAUGCGUGGGGUAAAUCGUGAAAGGAAGACGGGAAAUCGGAGGACUACAGUAGUCAUUUAUUUCGGUUUUUAUUCCCUGUGGAUUAGGAAAAGAUUAUGAGAUUAGGAGAGCUCGCAGAGCUCGCAGAUCCAGGAAAAAUUGCGACUUAAGUACUGAUUAGAGAAAAUGUCAAAAGGGAGGAAAUGAGCAUGUUUCAGGACGGGACGGACAUUGCCUAUUCCUACGAUGACAUGGUCGUUAGCUGCACAUACAACGCGAAGACUUGCAAUGAAACGUACGAGUUCAGACUCAGAACACAGAGAUAACUUCGUCGAAUCUUCCAGAGACUUCGACGAUUUCUACAAUCCUUCCUACGGUAACUGCCUUCAAUUCAACAACGAAGGCGUGUACAAUUCUUCCCGCGCCGGCCCUCUUUACGGUCUCCGAAUGGUGAUCCGAACGGACCAGGCAACUUACUUGCCGUGGACGGAGGCUUCUGGGGUCAUCAUGGACAUUCACAUGCAGGACGAGAUACCGUAUCCCGAUGUGUUUGGAUACUUUGCUCCUCCGGGAACGGCUUCUUCUCUGGGAGUCAGUUACGUGCAGACGACCCGUUUGAGCAGUCCGUACGGAAGUUGCACAAAGAAGACGACUCUCGAGACGACUCACUACACGGGCACCUACACCGUCGAGGCGUGCUUCAGAAGUUGCAUGCAGGAGAAGAUAGUUUCCACGUGCGGAUGCUACUACCCUGCCUAUUCACAUGCUGACAACACGACACAGUACACGUCAUGCGACGACGGAACUCAGACACUGAACAACUGUGAGUUGGAGAGGGAAAAUGAAUGGGAACAGAAAAGAAAGGGUUCAGUGAACUGCGUCAACCAGAUCAACAGUGCCGAUUCGACCGAGUUCGACGUGCUCACCGACUGCGAUUGCCCGCAGCCCUGCGAGUGGGUUCACGACAUCUUUCACGCUUUUUCCAAUCAUUAUCUCAGAAUCGAUUCCUACGGAGUGACAGUCUCAACUGCUCAAUGGCCGUCCGAUUCGUACACGGUUUCUCUUCCCUCGCUUCCUUUUCUCCGUUCAUGCCCAAUUUCAGCCGACCGAAUGCAACCCGGGAGGACCUUCUGGCCCGUGGGUGGCUGCUGGAGAGACGUGUCUUGAUUGGUACAAAGCAAACACGUUGCUCAUUGAAAUUUACUACGAACGGAUGAAUUUCCAAGUGCUCACUGAAUCUCCAUCUUACACAGUAAUCCUAAUGAUAACUUAAAGUAGCUGUACUCUGAAUUUCAGUUCGUCAAUUUCAUUUCGGAUGUCGGUGGUCAGGUUGGUCUGUUCCUCGGAAUGAGUAUCAUCUCCGUCAUCGAGUACCUCGUCCUUAUCUUUCUUGUUCUCUUCUAUUGCUGCACCCACAAAUCCCGGAAAGCGGAGAUAGAACAGUUGGAAAUGGAUAUCAAGAAGGCUACGGUGAGCAAAGAGACGAUGCAAAAGAGAUGAGUUUCCCAGUUCAGGAUGAAUCGGACAAAGUGGCCGAAAGUCGAAAGAAGCAUCAGAAAGCCAACGCGCAACUCUACGAAAUGGACGCUGGAGAGGACGUCGUUCCACCCAAACCAGUCGAUAAUACAUGA